CGGCCGCCCGCCCGCCCGCCCGCGCGCGGCUCCUGGAGGCCCCGGGCUCGGCCCGGCGGCGUCGGCGGCGUUUCUAGCUUCAGGCCGCGGCGGCGCCCGUGUCCCACGCGGCAGCCAUGGCCCUGGUGACCCUGCAGCGCUCGCCCACGCCCAGCGCCGCCUCCUCCUCGGCCAGCAACAGCGAGCUGGAGGCUGGCAGCGAUGAAGAGCGAAAGUUAAACCUCAGCUUAAGCGAGAGCUUUUUCAUGGUGAAAGGAGCUGCGCUCUUCCUCCAGCAGGGAAGCAGUCCUCAGGGCCAGCGGAGUCUCCAGCACCCUCACAAGCAUGCAGGGGACCUGCCACAGCACCUGCAAGUGAUGAUUAACCUCCUGCGCUGUGAGGACAGAAUCAAGCUGGCUGUGCGCUUGGAGAGCGCCUGGACUGACCGCGUCCGCUACAUGGUGGUGGUGUACAGCAGUGGGCGCCAGGACACCGAGGAGAAUAUCCUGCUGGGUGUCGACUUCUCCAGUAAGGAGAGUAAGAGUUGCACCAUCGGGAUGGUUCUCCGGCUGUGGAGUGACACAAAGAUCCACCUUGAUGGAGACGGUGGAUUCAGUGUGAGCACUGCAGGAAGGAUGCACAUAUUUAAGCCUGUAUCUGUCCAGGCCAUGUGGUCUGCACUGCAGGUGCUGCACAAGGCCUGCGAAGUGGCACGGAGGCACAACUACUUCCCUGGGGGUGUAGCACUCAUCUGGGCCACCUACUAUGAGAGCUGCAUUGGCUCUGAGCAGAGCUGCAUCAAUGAAUGGAACGCCAUGCAGGACCUAGAGUCCACACGGCCGGACUCCCCAGCCCUGUUUGUGGACAAGCCAACAGAAGGGGAAAGAACCGAGCGUCUCAUCAAAGCCAAACUUCGGAGCAUCAUGAUGAGCCAGGAUCUUGAAAACGUGACCUCCAAAGAGAUCCGUAAUGAGUUGGAAAAACAGAUGAACUGUAACUUGAAAGAAUUCAAGGAAUUCAUAGACAAUGAGAUGCUACUUAUCUUGGGACAGAUGGACAAGCCUUCCCUUAUCUUUGACCAUCUUUAUCUUGGUUCUGAAUGGAAUGCAUCCAAUCUGGAGGAGCUGCAGGGCUCAGGGGUUGACUAUAUUUUAAAUGUCACUAGAGAAAUAGACAAUUUUUUCCCCGGCUUAUUUGCAUACCACAACAUCCGAGUGUACGAUGAGGAGACCACAGACCUGCUUGCCCACUGGAACGAGGCAUACCACUUCAUAAACAAAGCCAAGAGGAACCACUCCAAGUGCCUGGUCCAUUGCAAAAUGGGUGUCAGCCGAUCUGCGUCCACAGUCAUCGCCUAUGCCAUGAAGGAAUUCGGCUGGCCCCUGGAGAAAGCGUAUAACUAUGUGAAGCAGAAGCGCAGCGUCACCCGGCCCAACGCCGGCUUUAUGAGGCAGCUGUCUGAGUAUGAAGGCAUCUUGGACGCCAGCAAACAGCGGCACAAUAAGCUGUGGCGCCAGCAGACGGACAGCAGCCUCCAGCCGCCUGUGGAAGACCCUACGGAGCCCAGCGGCUUCUUGCCUGAGAGCCUGGAUGACGCCCCAGACACCCAGCUGCUCUGCUUACAAGAUGCCACACAGCCCGGGCUCCCAGGAGGUCGUGCCCCAGGAGGGCCCCUUCUCCCCUACUCUUUCCGGAGACUCUCUGACCCCCCCAAUGGCGCAGGUAGCUUGGUCCACCUGGAAGAUCUUGAGAGGGAUGCUGUAUUGGACGAGGCAGCCCAGCCAGUGGAGGCACCCAAGCAGGCCCCACAUCCCCAGGAAGGCUCUGGGCUCUGUGAUAAGGAUGUGAAAAAGAGACUGGAGUUUGGGAGCCCUGAAGCCCACAGCCCCUUGCAGCAGAUGGAGGACAUGGACCCGGAGGAGAGCCCCAGGGCAGGGAGAUGGGGGCGGCCCACUGCCCCACCUGAGAGGAGCCCACUCAACCGGGAAAACCUAAAUAACAACAACAGCAAGAGGAGCUGUCCUGAUGACUUCGAGCAUGAUGCUAUGUUUGGGAUCCUUAACAAAGUGAAACCUUCCUACAAACCCUGUGCGGACUGCAUGUACCCUACAGCCAGCGGGGCUCCUGAGGCCUUCCGAGAGCCAUGCGAGGACCCCAGCGCCCCCGCCAUCUGCACCCAGCCAGCUUUCCUGCCCCACAUCACAUCAUCCCCUGUGGCCCAUGUGUCCAGCAGGUCUCAAGCCCUGGACAAGCCAGCUUCUGGACCAGCCGACACUCCCCCAUUCCUACCAUCAGCAGGCUCCAAGAGGCGUGACGGUAGUGGCUCUGGGGCUGCCCUAGAGCUGUCGGCUGCCCCAGAGCUGUCAGCUGGCCUUCCAGAACCUUCUAGAGAAACCCCAAAAGUCCUUCCCAAGACCCUCCUUUUGAAGAAUUUUCACUGUGAUAAGAGCCCUCCCUGCACAGAGGUUGUCAAGGAAGAGAUGUCCCCCAGGAGAGACCCGAGAGCAGCUAAGGACCUGAGGCUCCUGUUCACCAGCGAGUCUGAGAGACCCACAAUCAACAGCUACCUGACGCAGCACCAGGAGUCCAUUGUCCAGCUGCAGAAGGCAGGCCUGGUCCGCAAGCACACCAAGCAGCUUGAGAAGCUCAAGAGCCUGCCGGCAGAUGCUGUGGUGGCCCGCAGGGACAGUGCAGCCAGCAGGCUGGAGGCCAGCAUCCCUGAGGGCCAGGAGCUGGCAGCCGGGCAAGAGCCAGGACCCCCUGCUCUGCCUGGAGAUGACGAACCAGAGUCUGCUCCACCGCCAUGCGAAGGAACCUCGCUCAAGAGCCCCCCUCCCCUCCUCUCCCGCCUGGACCACACCAGUAACUUCUCGAAAGACUUCCUAAAGACCAUCUGCUACACCCCUACCUCCUCCUCCAUGAGCUCCAACUUGACCCGGAGCUCGAGCAGCGACAGCAUCCACAGUGUCCGUGGGAAGCCCGGGCUGGUAAAACAGCGGACGCAGGAGAUCGAGACCCGGCUACGGCUGGCAGGCCUGACUGUCUCAUCCCCGCUGAAACGCUCCCACUCUCUUGCCAAGCUUGGAAGCCUCAACUUCUCCACAGAAGACCUGUCCAGCGAGGCUGAUGUGUCCACCAUCGCCGACUCCCAGGAUGCCAAGUGGAGCGAGUCUUCCUUCCUCCAGGAACCCCAGGCCACGCCGAGGAACCCAGCCACGGCCUCUAAACCAUCAGGGAAAUCUGCCCCAGAACACUUGAAAAGCCCCUCGCAGAUGAACAAAACCUGACACACCUCUUGCUCCCGUGGACUUAGGAUUCAUCCUCCCUUCCUCUCAUUGUGGCUUCUGAACCACCCCGACAUCUUGAUUUGUCUCAGACAACCGAAGUCAUCCAAUCUCUCCCUGCCCCCCUCUUGCCAUAAAGAAGAAAA